UUUUGCCCCAUUGCUCGACAGUUGACGCCGACCACAACAUCGAAGGCGUAAGUCGGUGGCAGGAGUUUCUUUUGCCUUUCCGGUCUAUACCACACGCAGGAUGGAUCCAAAGGUAGCGUUCUCUUCUGUUGAUGCGGUAGGUUCCCGGCGGGGAAAGAAAUUCGCCAGUACGGUGCCAUCCUUAAAUCUCUCCACCAUACAUGUGAUACUUCUCAGUGUCAUUUUCACACUGCUGCAGAACAUCUCGCUCUCCAGACUGCCUGGGGCGUCAUCUGCGGUGUUUGUGGUAGCGAUGUGCUUGGUCUCGGUUCUGGGCUACUACGUAAUCCACCAUCUCCCACUCACAACAAGCAUGUGUAGGAUGAAAGUGCGGUUGGCAUUGACGACACUCCAGGUGUUGACGAAAGACCUGAAGUUCGAUCUCUGGGUGACAGUGAUUGCUGUGCUUCUCGUGGCGUGGGUGUUGAGCAUCUGGAAGACCGGCGUAAGCUUUUUGAUCUGGUGUUUCGUGAUCUGGGCGUACAAUCUUGAUGAGACGAAGGUCAAUAGCAUGAGCAAUAAUAGUGCCGGCGCCGGUGGUGGUAACGGCAGUAAUUUCAUCAGCGCCUUUGCCAGUUUCAGCAACCUCAGCACAGGCACCAGUAAUGCGUCUGGUAGGUUCAGCAGUUUUGAAGAUUUCGGGCCUGCCUCUGGUUUGGGCACCACUGCAAACUCGGACCUCAACUCCUCGUACAAAGGCACGCCUGACUACGACAAAUGCUAUUCCGCAUCGAUAGGCUACAUCAACUCUUUAGAAAAAAAGGUUAUUUUCCUAGAGAAAAAAAUCAGCUCCUUGGAGAACGACAAACUCGAGCAAAACAUCAUCAUUUACACUUUCAACCACAACUUGAACGAAAAAUUAAACAACUUAGAGAAAAAAGUUCAAGAGAGAGAUCAGACAAGCCAGCAGGACUUGAACCAAAUAUAUAGCAUGCUUCUUGCCUUGAAGAAGCGUAAAAGGAUCCGCUUGAACAUCCUCAAACUGUACAUCAAGCAGAUCCUUCUCUGGUUACUCCCCCACCCAGUCGUGGUUGUGUUGAGACGGACAAGAAGGAUAGUCAACAUGAUUUUCCAAAGAUUGCGCGGGUUCUUUGCCAACUAGGAAUUUUUCUCUGUCUUUGAAGGUGGGCGUAACAACGGCUGGCUCUGUGUUAUUUUUUCCUCCUAUUUUUCUCACGUUCAU